AUGGCGCCCUUGACACCGGCACCAGGAACACCAGCCCAGGCAACCACAAGUGCGGCAGCCACACACCCCACAGCGGCAACACCUCUGAUGGAGCAGCAUCACAGUACACAUCAGCACGGCUUGUAUCCAGCACAAGUCGGCGGCCACGCUGCUUCGUUUGCGGCAUCACAGCAACAGCCAAACGUUGAGGCCCGUGCAGACUCGCCCGUGCAUGGGGACGACAAAGACGAGGAAGAGGAGGUGGUCGAGGCGGAAGAUGAAGAGGAGGAAGCAUUCCCGCGACACUUCACCCAACAGACAAACGACGACGCACCCGCAGACGCCAGUGGGACGCCAUAUGCACACCGUGUCCACGCGGCACCAGGUGCACUGCCACCACACCACUUCAGUUCUGCACCAACGACAGAAGCAGCAACAAGCGCAACACCAGCAACAACAACAACAACAUUGGCAGCAACAGGAGCGCGUUCUCUGGCAUAUGAGCAUGAGCACCAUUGGCAACAGCAGCAGCAGCAGCGGCAGCAGCAGCAGCAGCAGCUCAACUGGGAAGGUGUAGAGCGAGCACAGGUGACAGGUGUGUGGCCACCACAGUCAUCCCAAGGUUCACACGACCAACAACAACAGCAGCAACAACAACAGCACCAGCACCAGCAUGGUGGAUCGGAGAGUGCGGCGCAGCUUGACGCAAGGCGGUUUGAAAUCUUGUAUCGUGCACAGUCACGCAAAGUGGAGGAACUCACGUCCAUGCUGCACGAGGUGCGGGCGGCGCGUGUGCGCGAAACGUCGGAAAUGCAGCACGCGCUCAUUCAUGCGCAAACGGACCGAGACGCCGCGGUUGGGGAGGUGCACAUGAUGCAAUCACGCGUGCAGGAGCUGGAGGCGGAGGUGGAGAAGAAGCAGCAAGCAGCGGCACAACAAGGCGUACUGGUGCGACAGCUGCAACACGACAACCACGCGCUGGAGCUGGAGGUCCAGGGCCACAACGCACUCGUGCAGCAGCUACAGCGACAGGUGUCUGUGCUUGAGACAACGAAGCGCGAGGCAACAGCACGCGACGACGCCGUGCUGGAUGGACUCAGGAGCACAUAUGAGGAGGAGAUUGCGUCACUCAACCAGCUGCUGCGUGACGAGAAGGCGUCGCACCUCCGCCAGUGCGAAGAGCUUGACGCAACAAUCGCCCAUCUGCAUGCACGCGUUCGGCAGCUGGAAGACCAGCUUGCACACGCGCAGCAGCAGCAACAACAACAACAACAACAACAACAACAACAACAACAACAACAACAACAACAACAACAACAACAAGAUGUGGUGAAAGACGUCACAGUCGGCACAAUGACUGUUGGCACUGAUGGUGAUGGUGAUGGUGAUAGCGGCGCGCUUGUCGAGGAAGCACAGCGUCGCCUGUGUCUGCUUGAGCAGGCCGUGUCGCUGCUGCGCGAACAGCUUGUGGACAUGCGCGCACAGAAGGAGACGUUGGAUGCGCGGGUGGCGCUGCUCACUCGCCAGCGCAACCCGGGUCAGGACGUCAGGCGCGAGCUCGCAGCGGCAGCAGACAAGUGCAGGCAGCUCGAGCACGAGAACGAGCGUGCGCGGUUUCUGCUCUCGGCGCUGCAGGAGGAAGCACAGCGGCAGACGAGGGCGGCGGUGGCGGAGGCGGAACAGCGACUGGCGGCUGAACACACGCGCGAACGCGGGAUGUGGGAGAAGAAACUCAAGUCUGUCCGGCAGCAGCACGUGCGUGCGUUGGAUGAGAUUCAGGAGAAAGUUGGCGAAUAUUUGACACACAUGCGCGCGCGUGCCGCUGACGCCAUCCGAAGACAGCUCGGAAAGGAGCAGGAGCGAACAGAGGAGAUGACAAUGCAGUGCGAGCGGCUGCGACGAGAGCUCAACAGAAUACGAAAGCAACAGCAGCGGCAUCACCAACAACAACACCACCACCAACAACAACAACAACAACACCCCCACGACCAUCCGCAGCAAGGAGUGGGCGGGACAGGGCUGGUGUUGUUUGCAUCACCACCCCUGCCACCACCCGGUAGCAGCACACCAGCGCGACCUGACGAGAGCGCACAGGGCAACGAGAACGAGGAGGAGAAAAUCACCAAGACGAAGACGAAGACGAAGACGAAGAAGAAGAAGAAGACGACGACGACCAAGACGAUGAAGCAGCAUGACGUUGCUGCCGGUGAUCACGUUGCUGCCGGUGAUCACGAUGGUGAUGGUGAUGGUGAUGGUGAUGGUGAUGGUGAUGGUGACACUAAAGACAACAGCGACAAUCGCCUCGUUCAACAUGAGGAAGCACGCGUGACGGCUGUGCCCCAACAGCCGCAGCAAGAUCUGGUGCUGCCUGCGUGGGAACCCCUACAGCCCGUGAAGAGUGCUGUUGCUCGCACGCGCCGCCGCCGCAAACUCAGGAAGAAAGCCGAUCUUCCACGCACCAGGCACGCUGCUGGUGGUGCUGGUGGCAAUGGGAGGACAACUUCAGACUACUGA